AAUUGACAAAUUAAAAAUUUGUUGGAAUUUUUUUUCUCGCUGUUAUUUUAAUACGAUCCCCGAAUUGAUCACAUGUUUUUCUGAUGAAAUUUUCAUUUUUUGAUUUUGUAGUUUUCAUAAAUUGUCAUUAAUUUUAAUUAUGGCAAAGUUCAUUUACCAGAUGAUUGUCACUGGAACUCAAAUUGUUGGUCGUGCUUUUGCUAGGGCUCUUAAGCAAGAAAUGCAAGCAAGUCAACAAGCAGCUCAAAGACGUGCUACUUCAGCUGGAGCCAAUCAAGAAAGUGCAACUCAAGACCUUAGACACGGAAUUAGUUUAGAGGAAGCAACAAGAAUAUUGAAUAUUGAAAAACAACUUAAUAAGGAAGAAAUAGAGAGUAAAUAUAAUCAUUUAUUUGAGGUUAACGAUAGAAGUAAAGGUGGCUCAUUCUAUCUUCAGUCAAAGGUAGUAAGAGCUAAGGAAAGAAUUGACCAAGAAUUACAAUUAAUGGGCGAGAAGCAAAACAAGAGAAAUGAACAAUCAAAUUCAUCGGUGAGAUAGUCCACAAGGAUUAGAGAUACCGGUCGAUAGUCAUUGAUAAUUAUUCAUCUUGUUGAAAUGUUAACUUCAAUCAAUUUGAGAAAAUUAUAUUAGAUAUUUAAUCUAAUCAAUUUAUAUGUAGAAUAAAUUACUUUUGAUGAUUUCAUCUUGGAAAAUAAUUAAAAUGUAAAAAGUACAAUGUGAAUAGAUUAA